GCUCCGAGAGUCUCCCCGCCCUGAUCUCGCCCAGCGGGUCGCGCAGCCCUGGCAGCCCGGGACUUCGCUCCACCGGGGCUUCCGUGAUGAAGAUGCAGGCCGGUGGCCGAGGCCCCCGGGACCAGUGCAACCAGCUCACGAAGUUCCACUAUGAGCAGAUGGAGAAGAAGGCCAGCGGCUUCGUCCAGGCGGGCAAGAGCGAGGACGCCAGGCACGUUCGCACCACCGUGGGCUCCAGCAUCUUCCGGCCCGGGCAGAAGGCGGAGAACAUGUUCGGUUGCAGCAUCACGUCGACCGCGAAGCUGUCGCAGGAGCUCUCGUCCAGCCGCGCCGCCAGCAAGAACUCCAGUGCGGGCGCGGGCACCCAGACCCUGCACAGCCCGACCAGCGGCCUGCUCGGCUGA